GCUCGAGCACUCGCUCAUUGCGCAUCUGCGAUCCAACAGUUGAAAGUGUCACGUCACUAAUCUGACAGCUUCACGCCGAAUCAGGUUGCUGCUGCGCUCUGGAGAGCCGCGCUUGAGCGAGCUUCAAAGCAGUUUGAAUGAAGUUUAGCGCACUUGCUUCUCUAGGUCUUUGGAGAGCUCGCACCUACCCGUGACACCCUGCCCCAAUAGUUGAGCACCAUGCUGUCCUGCCAAGAUCUGAGCUUUGCAGGAGGGCAGCGCUAUGAGUACUCCGCCUCGACGUCAGCUGAUGGUAGUGUUGACGUUUCCACAGCGACGCUCGUCUCCCUCUGGGACGCCGGUCCCCUGGACAACGCUGCCCGCCAGCACGAGCCGCCGCGGCGGGAUUCACUGCCUGUGCCUGAGCAUGGAUUGGGACAUCAACCCACCUGGCCUGAUCAACUGUCACCUCAACUUCAACGAAACAAGCAGCUCCAAGACACCCUAAUGCAAAGAGAAGAAGAGCUGGCAAGACUUCAAGAAGAGAACAACAAACUCAAAGAGUUUUUAAACUCAUCAUAUGUCAAGUCUUUGGAGGAAAAAACUAAGAAACUUAUUUCUAACCACAAGGUUCCAGAUGGGUCAAGACACCGGAAAAGAACACAUGGUGAUUUCCAGAACCUGAGCCAGUUGCUUCACAGCGGCGAGGGGAAGCGGACCUGCCGCAAUCUCUCUUUGGAGUUUUGCUCUGCAGAAGAGCUGGCGGCCACCCCACCUCUAGACUCAUGGAUACUAGAGACUCUCGGUCUGCAAGACGAGAACACCGUCGACCCAGCCCGCAGUUUCAACACUCCUUCUUUCAGCUGUCCACUUCCUACAGAAGAUCAUUACAGUACGGCAAAUGUUGACAUUGGCUUCAGCCCUAAUGCAGAGACACGCUGCGAUUACAGCAGCAUCGUAGACUCAUCCAGCAACUGCAGUCUUGACACCUCCAGUGGCUACAGCACCUCCCAGAGCUUGGGUUCAGAUUAUUCAACUGUUGACCCCUCAGCUCUGUACACCAUCACAUCUACAGGGUCGCUAGUCAGCUCUCCACCAGCGAUGACCACCGCUCAACACUUCACGCCACCACGAGCUGCCUCCACUCCAUAUCGGCCCCAGGAUAUAAGCCCUGGUCCAUACUUCAACACACCAGGCUGUGGUUCCUCCAGUCCACCAGGGGGCGACGGUCAACUUUUCUCCACACCUCGUAUGUCACGUUGCAGGACAGAUUUAGCAUUUAGCAUGUCACUAAGUCCACAAAACAGUGUAAAGACGCACAGUUUCCCUCAAGGACAAGCUUUCACACGCAGAGAUUCACAAGGGGGGUGGAACUUCACCUGGGUGCCUAAACAAUGUUCCUAGAGACAUUUCUGAGGAUUUUGGGAGAACAACAGACUUUUUAGCCAUUUUUGAGGACUGAUAACCCAAUACGCCCCAUAAGUGCAACUACUCUUCACUUUUUUUUUUAUAAUUUACGGGUUUUAUAUAUACAUAUAUAUUAUCAUUAUAUAGCUUUGUGAUAUUAUUAUGUCAUUUAUGAAUUUGUAUAUAAUGUUUUUAUUCAUUGUGAUUGAAAGACUUUGAUGUUAGAUGCAGGAUCAUGACUGAAUUCAUUAAAAUCACAUUUUUUUCUGUAAUUAAUUUUUUUGUUACUUUCAAAUUUUACAAGAAAAGAUUUAAGAUUCGGCCAAUUAAAUUAAGA